AGUUUGAUAAUGCACAUAUGUAGGAUGUGGGCUGGCGCGUCGAAUCGACAUUAUGAAUAGACAUUCUGACAUCAUGACUAAGCCUCGACCAGAGAAAGAGGUCACAAGUGGAAGGGUCAACGGCCAUUUGGGUGAAGCCAAAGGCAACAACAUGCGGUUUUUCCACAAGGUUCCAGCCAAAUAAGAUGCGAACCGGCCGAGAGUAGUCGCUGACGAAUGACGAUGUUCGACGCCGCUGGCACCCCAUGACUCGUCUUCUUUCCAAUGACAAGACCACGACAGUCCGACCUCUUCACAGGUACUGACCGGCCAGGACGCCGGCUCCAGCCUGCCGCUGGUGUCUUCUGUGGACUGAGGGGCCGCCAUCUCGCACGCCGGGUGUAUGCGGGACGGUGUACCGGCCGGCCGGUGACCCAGCCCGGCCUAUAGCGCCCAGUGGCUCCGCGUGAACAGCGACCGCCGCUCCAUGUGACGUCACAGGCGGCCGGUGACGUCAUCCAUGGACGGCGAGAACCGAAUCCUGCUCAAUGUGGGCGGCAUCCGGUUCGAGACGUACAAGGCCACGCUGAAGAAGAUCCCGGCCACGCGGUUGUCCCGGCUGACCGAGGCGCUCGCCAACUUCGACCCCGUGCUCAACGAGUUCUUCUUCGACCGGCACCCGGGCGUGUUCGCUCAGAUCCUCAACUAUUACCGGACGGGGAAGCUGCACUAUCCGACCAAUGUGUGCGGUCCACUGUUCGAGGAGGAGCUGGAGUUCUGGGGCCUCGACUCGAACCAGGUGGAGCCCUGCUGCUGGAUGACCUACACCAAACACAGGGACACUCAGACGACGCUGGCCAUUCUGGACAAGCUGGACCUGGACUCUGAGCGUCCCUCCGAGGAGGAGGUGGCCAGGAAGUUCGGCUUCGAGGAGGACUACCUCAGCGGCAACCUCUCCUGCUGGCAGAAGGUCAAGCCGAAAAUAUGGAGUCUCUUCGACGAGCCCUACUCCUGCUCCGCUGCCAAGGUGGUGGCUGUGAUAUCGGUGUUUUUCAUUGUGGUCUCCAUCCUGUCGUUCUGCCUGAAGACGCACCCCAACAUGCGCGUGCCCGUGAUCCGUAACGUCACCACCAUGGACGGCAACCGGAGCGCCGUCUGGACGCUGGACAAGAGCCGCACCGACCCGCACCGCGCCUUCCUCUACGUCGAGCUCGCCUGCAACGUCUGGUUCACAUUCGAGAUCAUCAUCCGCUUCAUCGUCAGUCCCGUCAAGCUCGACUUCAUCAAGUCGCCGGUCAACAUCAUCGACUUCAUCGCCACGCUCAGCUUCUACACGGACAUGCUGACUGACUACCUACUGGUGAAGUUCCGCAGGGACCUCACCAACGCCGACAUCCUAGAGUUUUUCAGCAUCAUCCGCAUCCUGCGGCUCUUCAAGCUGACCCGGCACUCGCCCGGACUGAAGAUCCUCAUCCACACGUUCAAAGCCAGUGCCAAAGAGCUCACCCUCCUCGUCUUCUUCCUCAUACUCGGCAUCGUCAUCUUCGCGUCGCUGGUCUACUACGCCGAGCGACUGCAGGCCAACCCGUACAACGACUUCAAGAGCAUCCCGGAGGGCCUGUGGUGGGCCAUCGUCACCAUGACCACCGUCGGCUACGGCGACAUGGUGCCCAAGACGUACGUGGGGAUGCUGGUGGGCGCGCUGUGCGCCAUCGCCGGCGUGCUCACCAUCUCGCUGCCCGUGCCCGUCAUCGUCUCCAACUUCUCCAACGUCUACUCCCACACACAGGCCCGCUCCAAGCUGCCCAAGAAGCGGCGGCGCGUCCUGCCCGUGGAGAACACGAGGCGCGGCCUGCGCCGGGACCAGCCGGGCAUCCAGCGGCGCAUGAACGUCAUCAAACACCACCCACCGCCGCCGCCGGUAGCCGCCAAGGCCGCCCACGAGCUGCACACCUCUCCGGUGAACGGUGCUCCCGGGGUGUCGGUGCCGUGCCGCGGACUCGGCGGCGGCCUCCGCUCCCCUCCAGUGCUGCAGGCGCGCCCUCCAGCCGGUGUCGACCUUAUCCUGGCGGCCAACAAACCAGGAACGAUGGGCACCGGUGUGCGGCUGCUGGAGCGAGGGCCCACGGCAACAGUGGGGUCACAGACACUCCCGCAGGGGACGGUCGGUAUCACACUAGGGGAGACGAGCUCAGCGCUCCUCACGGCACCGGUCGAACUGCAGUCCGCUCUCCUGGCAAUGGCCGCCGGAAGCCGGCCUCCCGCUGCCGCUGCUGCUGCGGACUCGGCGGCCGGGACCAGCUCGGGGACGGCUGAUGCUGCUGUCAGCUGCCGACGACCGUCUGUCAGCAGCGGCAGCAGUACGAGCAGCAGUACCACCACCAGCAGCAGUGGCAGUACGAGCAGCAGCAGCAGCAGCAGGGGCAGCGGCAGCAGCAGCAGCGCGGGGAGCGACAGCGCAGCCGGUGGCGCCGGCCGCAGCAUCAGAAACGAACGAGCAGGCAACGAACAAGCGGCCUCCGGCACGGACACCUCCUAUAUGCUGCUGACCGCGGCCGACGAGCCCAGCCUGUCGCGUCACCAGCUGGACCGGGCCAUCGCCUCGCUGCCCAGCGUGGCGCUAUGACACGCCGAGACCUGUGAACUGUGAGCGUACGGCGAGACUCCGCCGAGACCCUUCCACCGCGCGGCCCUAGGCCGGGCGCCCCCGAACCCCACCCGGCGCGGCCCUGUGACAAUGUCCUCAGAACCAGUGUCGUAUCCGCGUGUGACGGCAGCGGGUCACUCUAACCCGGUCAGCGCUGUUCACUGGCUGGUUAUGACUGGUGUCGACGCGACCUCUCUGACGCUCGGCAAAUGUCACCCGAGGCCGGUGACGCUCAGCGCUGUGACCUUCUCCGUGAGCUGGGGCAACUCACUUACCGUGGUGAUUGCGGACGCCCACUCAAACUAUACCAGCCAGGAGUGCACCAUGUCGCACAAAUGGUAUAUUGAAAUAAUAAAGUAUAUCGUGUACAGGGUAGUCGGUUUUCUGCUGUCGU